AUGGUGCGGGGGGGAGAGGAAGUGGGUAGGAUAAUCGGGACGGGGGGCGCACCGGGGGGCCGGAAAAGGUGGGGCGUACGGCGGGUUAUCGGGGGGGGGAGAGGGGCACGCCGUGAACGCCGGGAGAGUCUGGGAGGAGGCGGAGCCGCUCGCCCUAGUGGCGGGUGGGCGGGGGCCGGGGCCGGGAGCGGACGGGUACAAUCUGGAGGGGGCGGGAGCAGGGUCGGGAAUCAGGGGGCCGAGGGGGGGGCAAGGGAGGCCGCUGGGGGAGGGAGAGGGGGGAGGGGUGGCCAUAGGGGGGCGGGACAAAGGUCGGGGAAGGGUGAGGAGGAGGGGGGGGUGGGGACGGUGGGACAGGGGGGGGGGGGGGCGAAGGGUAACAGGGGGCGGGGGGGACGAUAG